UGCACCCGGGAACAGGAAGAAAACAUCAGCUGACUCGCCUUCGUUGUGUCGAGCAGUUUUGUGUGACAGUUUAAAUUGAGUUGUUUAGUCACAUUUCACGUUCGUUUCACUUCCCCGCCUGUCAGUCCGAGCGACGUCAUGUUGCGACCGAAGGCGCUGACGCAGGUUCUCAGUCAGGCGAACACUAACGGAGUCCAGAGCACACUCCUACUGAAUAACGAAGGUUCACUCCUGGCCUACUCUGGGUAUGGGGACACUGACGCACGAGUGACAGCCGCCAUCGCAAGCAACAUCUGGGCAGCGUACGACAAGAACGGCCACCAGGCCUUCAAUGAAGACAAACUCAAAUUCAUACUCAUGGAUUGUAUGGAGGGACGAGUGGCCAUCACUCAUGUAGCCAACCUGCUGCUGUGCAUGUACGCCAAAGAGACGGUGGGCUUCGGAAUGCUUAAAGCCAAGGCGGAAGCACUGGUGCAGUACCUGGAGGAACCACUGACUCAAGUGGCUGCAUCAUAGUGAAGAAAUGUGCAUUACUUCCUUCUGCCUGGAAAAGAAAGCAUCAUGGGAUGUAGUACAUUCAUGGACUACUGUAACACAAAGUGCUUUGUGUGUGUGUGUGUGUGUGUGUGUGUGUGUGUGUGUGUGUGUGUGUGUGUGUGUGUGUGUGUGUGUGUGUGUGUGUGUGUGUGUGUGUGUGUGUGUGUGUGUGUGUGUGUUCUUGUGUUGAGGGGGAUAUUCAGUGUAUUUAUAAUCAUGGUAUUGGUGCAACUAACAGCUUGUGUGAGUUCUUAACUGUUUGUCUUCACUUAGUUUUGUCGGCUCUAAAAUUCCUCAGUUUGUCAGUAGGACGUUUGCGUGUGAAACUGCUGAAAUGAUUCCGCUAUCAGCUGCUUUCACGGUUAAUACGCUUAUUCACAGUUAUGCAGAGAAGUGGCCUAACACACACAUUAUGAGCUGGAUGGAAAGUUCAAUGUACAUGUCUGUCUGAUUUAAAUGCAGCAAAUCUUAAACCUGUCAAAUAAAAAUAAAAAAUUGCAUUAAUAUUU